ACUUCAUGUGGCAGUUCAUAGUAAGUUCGCGGUGGUAUUCUCUGAAUGCUGAGAUCUUAAUUUCUAGCAGCAUUAAGAGUGCAUGCAACUAUUUAGAGUUUCCUAUAAUUUAAUCCGUAGUUCUUUAAAAAUGUCUAAAACUGCAUUACUUAUAUUAUCGGAAGGAGCCGAAGAAAUGGAAGCUGUUAUUUCAGCUGAUGUUCUUCGAAGAGCCGGUAUUAAAGUUACAAUUGCUGGCUUGCAAGGGGCUGUUCCAACGAAAUGUAGCAGAGAUGUUGUCAUUGUUCCUGAUAUAAGCAUUCAGGAUGCUACAAAAGAAAAUUAUGAUGUGGUCAUUUUACCUGGAGGGCUGAAGGGUGCAGAAAGUUUAGCACAGAGUGACAUCGUUAAAGGCAUUCUUCAGUCCCAAGAAAAAAAUGGACGUUUAAUUGCCGCAAUUUGUGCAG